UACAAAGUCAGCAUAGAGACUGACAGCUCGGUCUGGAAAUUGUACGUCCUUUGGAGAGAAAAGGCUAUUUGUUUGUGAUGGACAACUGGCCGACCGAAUGACCCAGAUGAGUAAGGACUACUAAACGAUUUAUAUUGUGGGAUUGAAUUAUCGAUACUGAUGGUGAAUAUUUAUACGAUUUCACGCCCAUGAAAUUAUGUCUAUGGUUGUUGUGAUGUACACUGGCCAGGCAGUUUUUCCGUAAAUAUUUGAAUAUUUGGUUUAUUUAAACCAGAAGACAGAACGCAAGAUAGCGUAUACGUAAUGACUGGGUUCUUGAUCAAUGUUGCACUUAAUGAGAGGGCUAUCGUUGAGCAUAUUACAAAAUUAAUAUUAUAAUUACUAUUGCCUCGAGGAUGGUGCAUAUUUUUAUAUGCCUGUCACAGCAAAAGAAAACACGUUACCGAACGGGAUUCAUCGCCUUAUUUUGAUCACGUCAACUCGGAUCAGAGAUACAGAGAUAUUGGAAUUACAACUAAUGCCUUGACAAAACCCAGGAUUUAUUUGUAUUGUAGGCUAUUUCGUCCUAUAUCCUAGCGUGUGAACGAGGCGAAGAGCACAGAUACAUCUUCCUUCGAGUCAGCAGGUGCGGGACCUUUGAUCACAAAUAGGCUAACUGAGAUGUGCAACAUUGAAGGCCUAUAUCCUUCAUACAAGUUGUAAAGGCUAUUGCUUGUGAUUACAAAUGUUUCAGAUGUUAUUAACAAGCAUACUCUUAGCCAGCAACAACAACAACGCUAGAGAAUAUUUGGCUAAAGCAAAACGUGCUUUACACUUUCAAGAAUAUGAUUGCGUCUGUUGCUCACAGGUUUAAAAGCGAUGACUCGCGCCUUGUUAAAGGCUAUGGGCUUUGUAUUCGCGUUUAUUAAGACGUCACGGUGCGUACUUGGUAUGCCGGACAAUGUGACAAGACAAACGAUCAAUCGUAGAUGUGCGCUGAAUAUAUAACGCUAAACGUACAGUCAAUCGGUUAGUGGGUUUGCCUGACUGCUCGCUGCAGUAAUUAACCAUCUUAAAAUGGACGAGUCUCUAUCCUUAGGCUAUUUAAGGACAUUAAAACUGGCUUAUACGUUUAUCGAUGGUCUACUGGGUUUAGAAACCGCAGGAGUAAAGUAUGGCACAUUAAUUUGUUCGAUAUUUGAACAUAUAGGUCAAGAAACAUUUUAUUUCAUCGCUGCCAGACAGCCAAUUACAAUGUAAUAACAUUCUGAAAUAAUCCUUGCUCAGAGCAUAUUGAAACUGUACAGAUUACACGACAGAAUGAAAACGAAUUGGUGCAAGCAGAGGAUUGGUCUCUAAAUAGCCUUUUAGAUGAGCAAUCUCAUUUGAUUUUCGUUUCGCGCCAUCACUCUUUUUGGACUCAAAUAAGCUUCAGUGAGAGGAGCUUGGCUCUGCAAAACUUUAGGUCAGGAUACUGUGGUUCUCAAGACACAAUUAUAUGCAACUUUGACCAUGUACUAUUAAUCAGAUAAUAAUGAAAGGAACUGAAUAAAAAAAAAAAAACUAAUAAUCUACACGUCUGUAGAUCCACCCAGCCCUUGGUGAAUCUUGGCAAGGGGAUGAUAAAUAACAUCAGUAGUCUAAUGUCACACAUCAAUACAUGUUCUAAGGAUUACACCCCUCAGAUAUACACCAACUAUAAAAGCAGUGUUGGAUGUUAUGGUGACCCGUGUUUGGCUUCUGAACAUGUUGUACUGAGCAGCACAAAGGAAUCGCACUCAACUGGACUUCAUCUCCCAGUCCUGAAGAAGGCAUCUUUUUUUCACAGGCCUGCCUUGACUCUCCGGUAGCUUUGUGGAAGAUCAGGAUCCUGGCUCACAAAGGGACAGCCAUGGAUCUGACCUGAGCGCUCUGUCCCUUCACGGACCUACCCAAAUGUGAACGGGGCUUGUGGAAGGUUCAUGUUAAAUUCACAACUACUCAUACGUGGUAACAAACCCUGCUACACACACACAUUACUGACAGGACCUGGAACUGCCCCAGAGGACGGGGACAGUGAUGGACAGUGGCGCUUCGGCCUGCCUGUCCUCUGAUCUGUCCCUGCCUUGGAUAAGGAGGCCUGGAUUCUCCGGAUGGGCCCUGCGUGGCUCGUGUGCGUGAGUUGACAGAGGCCAGGCCCACACCGCCGACCAGCAGCCGGGCAGCCAUGGACCCGUAUGCCGCCCUGCCCUGCACCAGCUGCGGGGGCUGCUGCGAUCCGCCUCCCCCUGGCCUAGUGCUCACCGGUCCCCUCGGCCCUCCCUAUGGCCCCCCUCUCCCGCCCGCCGCGCUCCCACACAUGUCCCCGGCUCCCCCGGCGUGUGCUGCCACGGCCGUCCGGGAUGAGAACGGAGGCGGCUGGAACUCCUCCGGCUCCCCCGACGCGCACGCCGGCAGCCGGGGGGGAUCGUCCUCCGCUGCCACCAACCCCUACUGGACGGCUGUGUUUGACUACGAGGCCACCGCGGACGAGGAGCUGACCCUGCGGCGCGGGGACCUCCUGGAGGUCCUCUCGAAGGACUCGAAGGUGUCCGGGGAUGAGGGCUGGUGGACCGGCAAAAUUCAGGACAAGGUGGGCAUCUUCCCAUGCAACUAUGUCACGCGUAGGGACGCCGGCAGCUACCCGCGGCUGACCCCAGGAGGGCUGGUAGUGGGUGGCGUGCCCGACGGGUGCCCACUGGAGAUCAGCUUCACAGAGCUGGUGCUGGAAGAGGUAAUAGGGGCAGGGGGGUUCGGAAAGGUUUAUAGGGGGGUGUGGCAAGGGGAGGAAGUGGCGGUGAAAGCCGCCCGGCAGGACCCGGACGAGGACAUCAGCGCCACGGCCGAGAGCGUACGGCAGGAGGCCCGGCUCUUCUGGAUGCUGAGGCACCCCAACAUCAUCAACCUGAUAGGGGUGUGCCUGCGAGAGCCCAACCUCUGCCUGGUGAUGGAGUACGCCCGCGGGGGGGCCCUGAACCGAGCCCUGGCUGGGAAGAAGGUGCCCCCCAGGGUACUGGUGAACUGGGCCGUGCAGAUCGCCACAGGGAUGGACUAUCUGCACAACCAGACCUUCGUGCCGGUCAUACACAGAGACCUCAAGUCCAGCAACAUCUUGAUCUUGGAGCCCAUUGAGAGGGACGACCUGGGUGGUCGGACUCUGAAGAUCACGGAUUUCGGCCUGGCCCGGGAGUGGCACCAGACCACCAAGAUGAGCGCGGCGGGGACCUACGCCUGGAUGGCCCCGGAGGUCAUCAAACUCUCCCUGUUCUCCAAAAGCAGUGACGUCUGGAGUUUUGGGGUGUUGCUGUGGGAGCUGCUGACUGGAGAGGUUCCGUAUCGUGAGAUAGACGCCCUGGCUGUGGCAUAUGGAGUGGCCAUGAACAAACUUACCCUGCCAGUGCCCUCGACCUGCCCCGAGCCCUUCGCUAACCUGCUGGCCGAGUGCUGGAGCCCUAACCCCCACAGUCGCCCGUCCUUCACUAGUAUCCUGAUGCGACUGCUGGCCAUCGAACAGUCAGCCAUGUUCCAGAUGCCCCUGGAAUCCUUCCACUCUCUGCAGGAGGACUGGAGACUGGAGAUCCAGCAGAUGUUUGAUGAGCUCAGAGCCAAGGAGAAGGAGUUGCGUUCCUGGGAGGAGGCGUUGGCUCGCGCAGCUGAGGAACAGAGAGAGCAGGAGGAACAGCUGAAAAGGAGGGAGCAGGAGCUGGCGGAGAGAGAGAUUGACAUUGUGGAGCGUGAACUCAAUAUCAUCAUCCACCAGAUGUACCAAGAAAAGCCCAGAGUCAAGAAGCGCAAGGGCCACUUCAAGAAGAGCAGAUUGCUCAAGCUGGGCCGAGACAGCAACAGCAUCAGUCUGCCCUCUGGCUUUGAGCAUAAGAUCACCGUGCAGGCAUCGCCGAGCGUUGACAAGCGGAAACCCCAGGGCAGUGAGAGCCCCACGCCCCCGGCCAGUCCAGGGGUCAUUCCACGCCUCAGGGCCAUACGACUGACUCCCAGUGAUGGGAGCAAGACGUGGGGACGCAAUGCUGUUUGCAAGAAAGAGGACCUGGCCACAAGCAAGAAAAAGGGACGCACCUGGGGCCCAAGCUCCACCCACCAGAGAGAGAGACUGGGCGGGGAGGACAGGUUGAAGUCGCUGGGCGACGGGUGCAAGGUGUGGUCAUCUAGUGCCCCUAACCUGGGCAAGUCCCCCAAACACGCCCCCAUGACCGCUGGCUUCUCCAGCCUCAAUGAGAUGGAGGAGCACUGUGAGUUGGAGGAGUCGCCCGGCUCCCUGGUGCCCGCGGAGUCCAGCAGUAACGGCUCCGUGGAGGAGGGCGGCCCUCCGUGGGGCGGGCCGGGUCCUGCUGGCCUGGGGAGCGGGGUGGGUCACCAGGACUCUCUGCGGCGCUGCAGCCAGAGGAAGAAGAGUGACCUGGUGCUGCUUGGAUGUGCCUCCCUGUUGGCCUCGGUGGCCCUGGGCCAGGACCUGCUGAAGCUGGGGAGGCAGCAGGUACCGCGAGGAGUACAACUGGACGAACAGGACCUCAGGGAGGAGCAACGCAAGAAGAAGGAUGGCAUUUUUCAACGAACGGGUCGCUUCCGUCGCAGCACCUCCCCGCCCAGCCGGACGCUGUCACUGUCUCUGUCCCGCCACCAGGACUCCGCCCUCGCCUGCAUGGACCCUUCUCCCUCCGUCACCCUCCUCUCCCUCUCCUCCCUGUCAGACUGCAACUCCACCAAAUCCCUCCUCCCCUCCGACCUCGACGACCUGGCAUUGACCCCCGGAGUGGGGACGGCCCCCCCGGCGGCGCACCCCGCAAUCUCCCUCAACCCCCUGUUGGAUCUGAGGGCGGAGAGCUUCAAGAGAGAGCCCAACCAGUCCCUCACACCCACACACGUCUCUGCCGCUAUGAACAGGGGUCACAGACGCACCCCCUCCGACGGGGCGAUACGCCCUCGCGCCCAAACCCUGGGGCAUCGCAGGACCCCCUCGGACGGCAGCAUGCCCAUGCCGCCUGCUCCAGGGGCGCCCGCACUCCCGCUGCGCACCGGUUCCAGGGAGACCCUGGACAUCCCCCGUCUCCCUGACCCCUCCAGUGUCUUUCCAAGGGUCCGCCGCAAAGCCCCCGCUCCGCCCGUACCAGUUUCCGUGCAGGAGCCCCCCGUGGCCGUCGUCAGCCCCCUGGAGAGGCCCAAGACCCUGGAGUUCGCCCCACGGCCUCGGCCCACCCCUGCCAAGGUGCGACCGGACCCCUGGAAGCUGGGCUCCCUCUCCAGGACCCUGAGCUCGUCCCCGGGCAGCAGUUGUGACAGUCCCCUGGGCUCCGGGGACAGCAGCACCAGCGCGGCCCGGCCCAACCUCAUGGACAUGGACGUGGAUGGACAGGACCUGGACAGCACCGUGCCCCUGUGUGAACAGCACCAUGUGGCGACGCUGUGUGGACAGAACUAUGGCUAGGCCGCUCUACUGCCACGUUAAUGCCUAGGGGCAGAGCCAUUCCCAGGUCACAUCUCACAGUCUCCCACUGUGCACGCCUAUUCCUGGUGCCCAAUACCUUUGCAAACAGCACCUCCUAGUGGUCACUCUGAAGUCCACUCUCUCCUAGUGGUCACUCCUACUAAGCCUUCUAGUUUACACCCUGUUCUCAUACUGCUCCUAGCGUCCAUCCUGGACUUCUCUUAGUGUCACUCCCAAAGCCACCUAGUGUGGGACAACAUUCCUGUCUGCAGUCCCGCCCUGUCGUUUCCUAGUGACUACUCUACCCUCCCCACUUCCAUGUUUCCCCAUAUUAUUGGCCUUCCGAAAAAGAAACAUAUAAGCCAUUUCCAUACAAACACUUCUUAGUGCUCAUCCUGUCCGUCAUCCACCAGUAGUCCUUCUAAAAACCCACUCCGUUGCAUCUCUCCACCCAGAUGGCACGCCUCUAUCUCUGCCUGCCUCGCAGACCUGGACCGGACACAGAUUCGCGCCUCGCGUCGUGGGUUGGGGAUCGCAGCCGCCGUGGCACAUCGAUUUUACCUGUGCAAUUCCCAAUGCUUUCUUAGCGGGAGCCGCAUGUUGGCGCGCCAGUCCCGACGAGUUUGCAGCAGGAAAACUGUGGCGCGAGCGGCCCACUCCCAAAAAAACGCGCGUGACCAAAAUGGAUCCGUCCCUGUGUGGUUCCCAGCGGAUCAGUGUGACUCCGGCCUUAUUGUGCAUUGACUCCUGGGAGGGUCCACAAGGGCUCCGUGUUAAUAGUUGUACUGUGGGUGUCCCCUCAAAAGACCCCUCCCUCCCACCAACAGGUAGUUGUCGUACAGUUGGUAGAUUUAAUCCCGGGGCACUUAAAAUUCCUCCCAUGGCACUAACGCCCACCCCGCUUACCUCUUUGUAGUGUCUGUAUGGGGACUGUCUCCGUCUCCGUCUACUGCCCCUCCCCUCCCCGAAAGGACUGUGACAGGGAAUAGGCUCCACGGCUAGCAGGGCCUCGUUUCCUGCACUCGGUACACUAAAUUAGUCUGUGUACAAUUCGUUUUUUUUUCUCAAUGCUUGCACCAUUCCAGCCACAGCCUGUUUAGCACUGCAUUUUCUAUUGGUUUGGCUAGUUGUCCCACCUGUGAGGGUGCGCAUGCGCGUGCGCACGUGUGUCUCUUUUGUUACCGCAUGUUAUUAUGUUAUUUAGUGUGAACGUUGUACCGUAGAUGUAGGACAUCCGUAUUAAGAGGGCAGAAACAUGCUUUUCUUCCUCAUUAUCUACCUGUUGUCCUGGCAACAUGGGCCUGUCUCAACGAAGCGUUUCAAAGUAGAAGUGCUGAUCUAGGACCUGGCCUUCCGUGUGAGAAUAACAGACUCUUUCAUUGUGAUCUAAAAGGUGAAACUGAUCCUGUUUCAGCACUCCUAGUCUGAAAGCAUUGCAAUAAAUGGUGAUAAAUACUAAAUACUACCUGUUUCCUAUGAAAAACUACAAUUCCCACAUUCAGUAACCCUAAUGUCGUGCCCUCAUCUUCUGCAUACAGCAUAAUUGGAGGGAAAAACACUGUAUUUGGUUAAAGAGCCAUGUAGCUAUUGAUACUCUCGUCUGCGUCACGUGAAAGACUGGAAAGGACUUGAUGCAAGGUGUUUGGGUUGGGGACGGCUGUGGACUCUCUCAUAGGUCCUAACUCUCUGUCUGGUUGCUGAAAGAUGAAGGAUCCCACUUUAUAACCACACAGUUGGUCAAGGCUACUGACAGUAUUUACUUGACUAUGUGUUUGGGAUUGUUUCUGUGUGAGGGUAUAUGUGGGUGUGUGUGUGUCUGUGUGUGUGGGCGUAUGUGUGUGUGGGCAAGUGUGUGUGGGUGUGUGUGUGGGCAUAUGUGUGUGUGUGUGUUUAACAAUAUAAUUUGUAUGGGAUGUUGACAAUCCCAAAUGGCUGAGCCAAACUCAGCCUUAUUCUCCUUGUGUGGUUAAGAACUCUCAGAGUAUUUAUUAAAAAUGAUUGUUAUAAGUGAAAUAAUGAUUAAUUAUUGUUCUUGUAAUUCUCUUCCUGGAAUAUCUGUAUAUAUUUGUUAAUUUAACACAGACCAAACAAGGACAACCAAUUAAACUACAGAGCGUCGCUCAUGUACGGUAUGACUGCAAUGUCUCUGAUCCGUGACGUUCCAGAAGUCAUGACGAUUGAGUGAUGUGUUGCUGACUGCUGCGGUGUGAUGAUGAAUGAUUGUAAUGAACGACUAAUAAAAGAGGAAGAGAGGUGA